CCGCGGCCUUCUCAUCUUUUUGUCUUAGAACUGGAUCCCUCUGCCGCUCUUACAGUGUGUGCGCUAGCCUCGGCGCUGCGUCCGUAACACACUGUCAAACCACUCCAAACGAACACAGACGCGACCAAAAGCAUUAAUUCUACACCUCCAGUCAUGGCGUUUCUAAUCUACCGUCAGCUUGGCGAAUGACUGAGCGCCGGCGGAGUAUGGGAUCCUUGGUGUCUUAGGAAGCGACUCGCGUGGGCUUUGACCGUUUUCGCAUGCAGGAACCAUGGCAAAUUCGACGGGGAAAAAUCUACUAGAUCAGCGGAGAAAAGGACAGGCUUUCCUGGACGAGCUGCGGCAAUUUCACCAGAGCAGAGGGUCGGCGUUCAAGAAGAUCCCCGUCGUGGGUGGGAAAGAGCUGGACCUGAACGCGCUCUACAUCAGAGUGGUCUCGUUAGGUGGAUUCGCGAAGGUCUCCGAUAAAAACCAAUGGGUCGAACUCGCCGAGGACUUCAACUUCCCGAGGAGCUGCUCGAACGCCGCGUUCGCGCUGAGGCAGUACUACCUGCGAUACUUGGAGAAGUACGAGAAGGUCCACCACUUCGGCGAGGACGAUGAAGAAGCACAGCCGGGAAAUCCCAAAACCUCUCUUCCAGUCGGUGCAACUCCCAGCUCCUACAACUACCAGCAGCACCUUGUUUCCGACUAUCUCCGCCAAAGCUAUGGACUGUCCACAGACUUCGUUCCGCCCUGCGACUACAGCAAACUGGUGCUCUCUCUCCUGUCGGGCCUCCCCAACGAGGUGGACUUCGCCGUCAACGUUUGCACACUUCUAUCCAACGAGAGCAAGCACGUCAUGCAGCUGGACAAGGACCCCAAACUGGUCACGCUGCUGCUCGCCCACGCCGGCGUCUUCGACGACUCUUUAGGCAGCUUCUCUGGGGUGUUUGGGAGCGACUGGAAGGAGAAAACGUCCCGGGACUUCAUCAGGUUCUGGAGGGAAGUGGUGGAAGACACUGAAGUCCGGGAGCUGAUCUGGGACAAAAGCGGCCUGACCCAAGACGGCACGUGUGGAGAUCGCUGGCAGAGCCUCUUCCACCCGCCGCGAAACCAGGGCAUCAGCGACAUGGAGGCCCAGCGGGUGCUGCAGGUCGCCGUCAUCCUGCGAAACCUCUCCUUCGAGGAGGCCAACGUCAAGCUGCUGGCGGCCAACCGAACGUGCCUGCGCUUCCUUUUGCUCUGCGCCCACUGUAACCUCAUCUCACUAAGACAGCUCGGACUCGACACGCUGGGCAACGUGGCGGCCGAGCUCCAGCUCGACCCCGUUGACUUUCGGACGACGCACCUGAUCUUUCACACCAUCACCAAAUGCCUGAUGUCCAGAGACCGCUUCCUGAAGAUGAGGGCCAUGGAGAUCCUGGGGAACCUCAGCAAAGCGGACGACAACAGCGUGUUGAUCUGCGAGUAUGUGGACCAGGAGUCGUACAGGGAGGUGAUGAUGCUCCUCACCCUGCCCGACCUCAUGCUCCUCAUGGCCUCCUUGGAGGUGCUGUACCUGCUGGCUCAGCUCGGAGAGGUGUCCUGCAGUAAGAUCGCCUCCGUUGACCACAGCAUAGACCUCCUGGUGCGGCUAGUGUCCGUGGACCUGCACACGUUCGGACCCGACGCGUUGACGGCGGUGCGUUUAAUCGAGCAUCAGGCGAAUGCUGAGCAGGUGUCGGAGGUGCGGCCACAGCUGGUGGAGCAGGUCCCCGCAUCGGCGCCGGCAGCAGCAGUAACGAGGGUCCCAGUUCAGUCCUCCCAACCUCCUCCUGGGAUCGUUGAACUGGAUGGAGAGAAGUUCACGCUGCAGUGGUUAAACGCACACUUCGAGACCAACUCUGAAGGCUCUGUGUCUCGGUCAGAGAUGUACUCUGAGUACUUAUCCACGUGCAGCAAAAUGGGACGAAGCAAUAUCUUGAACUCCACCGGCUUCCUCAAGUGUCUGCGGACGGUGUUUCCCAACCACACCAUGCGGCGGCAGGACGAGGCCAAAGCCGGCAGCCAGGUCCAGAUACUGCUGGUGGGGAUCAGGCCGAGGGCCAUCCCUCUGCCCGUCCAGUUAUACUAUCAGCAGCAGCAGAACCCGGCUCCUCCCACUCCUCCUUCUGCGCCUCGACAUGAGGCGCCAGCAGACGCUAAGGCCCCUCCUCCAGGUUUACCUCCCCCACAUUUUGUCCGGGCACCGGGCCCCACCCUCAACUCCAACACAGCCACGCCCUCCACUGUUUUAACUGCACACGAACCCCCCCAAGCAAGCCACCAGACAGUUGUCCGGCAGCCGGCACCCCCACCUGUUACCACGCAUCUGCCCCAACAGCUGACACCAAACCCCCUGGCAGCUCAGCAGCAGCUGCAAGGAGGGCCGGUGGUCCAGAUUCCAACAUCUCCCCCUGCCACCCAGAACCACAGCCCCCAGAACCCCCUUCCAUCCAACUCGCAACAGCAGCACUCCCCCAUGCUACCAGCCGGAACGCCCGUCACGCUAUUCCAGCCGUUCCCCCAAGGCCACAUCCUCACUGCCAAGGUGCAAAGUGUGUGCCCCCCCAUCUCCCAGCACCCACCUGUGCUUCAGUCCCCGCCUCCAUCUGGACUUCCGGGCGGGGCCUCCCAGGGCGACUCUCAGAGUGUCGCCUCCACGCCGCCCUCUCUCAACCCGGUUCCUCACAACCAGGGGUCACGGGUCACGUUUCAGAACAUCGCCCCGAAACCAGCACCGAGCCAGCCGGGGGGGGCGGCCGUUCCCCUGGCGGCUUCCAGCCCGCAGCAGAGCGUGGUGAUCGUUGGCCCGAACCCCCAGCAGAACACAGCCUACCCCCCUGCCAUACACCAGAUUGUUCUAGCCAACCCCUCCACCCUUUCCACCCCCCAAACUAUCCAGAUAGGCCAACCGGGACCUCCCUCUGGUCCUUGCCCUCCCAACGCCCAGGUUCAGGUCAAUCAGACUGUCAGCCACACGCUGUCUGCCAAACGACAGCAGCCCCCCCUCCAAAUGAUCUCCCCAACGCCCCCCUCUCAGCCUACCUCCACCGAGUCCAGCUUGAUCAAACAGCUGCUUCUUCCAAAGCGGGGCCCUUCCACGCCAGGAGGAAAGUUGAUCCUCCCCGCUCCACAGGUGCCCCUCCCCAACAACACGAUAGCUUCAAACCCCCAGGUCAUCUACCAGGCCGGCUACAACGCCCAGAACGCCCCCCCUCCCGCUCCCCAUCAGCUCAACGUCCAGCUGGUACCGGGGCAGCUCCCCGCCGCGGGCUCCCCCGCCCUCCAGACGGUUCAGCUCCUGCCGGGUCAGCUCAUCUCCACGAGCAGUCCCGGGGGGGCCGCCAUCAUUCAGCGUCCCACUGCGGCCGGACAAGUCACCUUCACCGUGGUCCCCAACACGGGCUUCACCACCUCUACGGCCGUAGUCAGCCAGGGAGCCGUGGUUCCGGGCGUCUCCCCAUCAUUCGCCGCUGGACCGCCCCCCCACCGCGCCCUGGUGGGCCCACCUCCUCUGCCACCGCUGCAGGCUCCCCUCAGAGGAGACAAAAUCAUUUGUCAGAAGGAGGAGGAGGCCAAGGACGCGACGGGGCUGCACGUCCACGAGAGGAAGAUCGAGGUGAUGGAGAACUCCUCCCUGGCAGAGGGAGACGCCUCCAACGGCAGAACCAGUAACGGCGACGUGGGGGGCGGAGCCAAGUUGCUAAACGGUAAGAAGAGCGGGGAGUUCGAUCUACCUCCAUAUCACUCAGGGAACAGCCAGGGGGCGCUCAACGGUCCGGCCAUAGAGGGCUGCCCCGCCAACGGGAAGCCGGUCCCGUCUCCGGGUCUGAGCGCUCCCAUGGAGGGAAACUCUGACCCCAAAAAGGCCCUGGUCAACGGGGUGUGUGACUUUCCCCGGAGCGACAGUGGGGGCAGCUUCAGCAAAAACAUUCCAAAUCACAUUGCUUCCAAACAGUACUUGGGGAACGGGGAGGCGGCCCCCUCUGAGAAGAGUCUCAGCUCAGACACGCCCCUCCCCAGUCCUCCCCCUCCCCCUCAGCAGGACACUGCCAAACCCCAGCCGGCGGAGCGCCUGGCCAACGGACCCCAGGCAGCAAGCCUCUGUAACGGACCUUUGGGGCCGGGCCACGCCUCGCCUGUGCUGAGACAGCAACUGCUGCCCAACUCCUCCCCCAACGCCGCUGCUACCUCCCCCCCUCCUGCAAACGGGCUGGCCUCGGAGGCCCGAGGCCUGAAGAGGCCUCUCGAGAGUGAGGACCGCAGCGCCCCUUCGCCCUCGGGGAUCCCCAACAAGGUGGGGGUGAGGAUCAUCACCAUCAGCGACCCCAACAACGCCGGCAGCAGCGCCACCAUGGUGGCCGUGCCCGCAGGAGCCGACCCAAGCACAGUAGCCAAAGUAGCAAUAGAGAACGCCACCCAUCAGAGGAACUGCUCACCAACUCAAGCAGCCGUCACGCCGCCCGCUGUUACCCCACCUCUGCCCCCCACCGCCCAGCCCACAGCAGCAGGAGACAGCAGUCCACAGCCCACAGCGCAGCAACCCCCCACAGAGCAGAGCCGGAAGCCGGGGCAGAAUUUUAAGUGUCUGUGGCACUCCUGUAAACGGUGGUUUGAGACGCCGUCGCAGGUCUUUUACCACGCCGCCACGCAGCACGGGGGCAAGGACGUCUACGGCGGGCAGUGUCAGUGGGAGGGCUGCGAACCCUUUCCCCGCCAGCGACUGUCCUUCAUCACACACUUACAGGAUAAACACUGUUCCCGGGAGGCUCUGCUGGCGGCACUGAAGCUGGAGGAGCAGCAGGCGCAGCAGAGCCCCAACCACACCUCCUCCCAGACACCCCCGGUGGCCGGCAGCCCCGUGGCACAAAGGGCGCCCAAAGCAAUCAUCAAUCACCCGAGCGCCGCUCUGAUGGCGCUGCGCAGAGGCUCUCGAAACCUGGUCUUCAGGGACUUCACUGAUGAGAAAGAGGGACCAGUGACGAAACACAUUCGAC